AUGUCUUCACGUCCGUCAACGUCAAGCCCAAGAGAAAGCAUAGAGCAGCACUUCUCGCUGCUCGAAAAGGCUGAUCUUGCAGACGAGCCCGUUGAAGACAACGAUGGAGGUGGAAAUCUCACCCAGCUUGCAGCGGCAGGCAGUACACUAUGGGCGCUGCAGCUCGUCUGGUCCACGAUUUUCGCUCGAGGCACAUCCUACCUCACCUACAUCGGCAUCCCCAUGUCCGUCUCAGCAUUCCUCUGGAUAUCCGGUCCAAUCUGCGGCAUGAUCGUGCAACCCCUCAUGGGAGCACUCAGCGAUUCCUACGAACCAAAAGGAAGCCGAACCGGACGUAACAAACGCAAACCCUUUAUCCUCGGGGGAGCAAUCGCAACAGCAACUUCCAUGAUCGCUUUAGCUUGGAUCCCCAACAUCGUAGUCUUCUUGGAGAAAUUUUUGAACCUUGGACAAGAAUACGAGACUCUUUUACUCAUUCUCAACGCUACAAUCUGGGUCUGGGCGCUGAGUAUUUCCGUGCAGCCUCUGCAAGGAGGGAUAAGGACGUUAUUGCAUGAGAUUUGUUCCAAAGAGGCGCAGGCACGAUUUGCGGCUAGUCAAGGGGUUCUGGUCGCUUUUGGGACAGUGAGUGGAUAUUUCCUGGCUUCUGUUCAAUUCGGGAAUCGUCCAGGAGCGUGGUCUGCGAUCUGGCAGUUCCAGAAUUUGACGCUGGUGGUGUCUAUGAUAUUGUUGUUGUGUUCGGCGAUUACGAUGGUCUGUCCUUUCCGGAGUCCGAGGAAGAAGAUUGAUGGGGCUGCGAGUUCGUCGCAGUAUUCGGCAUCACUGAAGCAUGCUGUCAAGCGGAAUGUAAAUUGCUUGAGGUUGUUGCCGAGGAGCAUUCAGCUCACGCUGCAGGUUCAGUUCUUCUCUUGGUUGGGAUGGUUUCCCGCGUUGUACUACCAGACAGGCUAUUUGGCCAGCCUCUACAAAGUCGGCCGUGCUUACGGACUUUCGCAGCCAACAAAUGAAGCAGAACACGCAGCUGCCGACUCCGUACCUCACACCGUGGUCAUGUUCGCAACCGCUGUGAUCAUGGCAGCCACGUCGCACUGGGCGAGCACAUCAUCUAAACGCAGCACCUUCGGUGGCAAGAUCGGAUCCCUAACUACGCUUGUCGUCAUCUGGGCUGGAGGCCAUAUUCUGUUUGCAUUGGCAAUGGUAGUCAGUCUGUUCGCAGUGACUGAGACACAGGGUGUCUGGAUUUUCGCGCUGGUUGGCAUCCCGCGAGCAUUGUCGACCUGGAUACCAUACGCUCUGAUUGGGAGGAAAGUCACAGAGUCCCAUGAUGCAGGAACUUUGACCAGCUUGCACAAUGCAGCGCUUUCCGCGCCACAAAUACUCGCCGCUGGGCUUUGUGGAUUUGCGUUUAUGGUGGCAAGAUAUCUAGAUGUCGCAAGCGACGACCAGUUUAGGUGGGCCAUGGCUGUAGCUGGUGCGGCAGGAGUUGGUGCCUCGUGGAGAUCGUGGCAUUUACUCCGAGAGGUUCGAACGAGCGAUUAGCUACUUGAUUGCAGUUGAGGUGUAUCGAAUAUCAAAAAUCGUAUUGUCAAUCGUGCUCUCGGUCAGAAUCUCGUUAUUUGGCGCCACUGUCAAAUCGCGCGAGUCGGGAGCGGAAGCUUCAGCUGUCAACGUGAAACGCUCAUUCCAGUUACGAGAGCAGUAUUGGUUAUCAGAAGAGAGUAGGACGCAAUCAGCGCUGGGAAA